GCACGCAGUGGCACGUACACGUUCACACGUAGCCGAACGAACGUUCAGGGAGAGCGAGAGAAAACUCUAGGCUUUCAGCCGCCUCGCGAGAGAAACACAGAGAAGAAACGAAAGAGAGAGAAAGAGAACGAGCGAGAGUUUCAAACAACGCCCGAUAAGAUGGACUUAUGUCCAAGCCAGCGCGAGCGCGCGUGAACAACAAUAUAAGACAGCGCCGAGAAAACAAGGCGAGCAACGAACCAUUCGUGUGCGCGGCUGAUCUGUGCAUGUGUAUGAGUUCUUGAGUGUUUCAUAUAUCCGCGGAAAGAGAAUCCAACUUCGCGUCCACCGCACGAACGGGAGAGACGACGAGUGUGAGUGAACGAGGCACAGAAGAGAGAGAGAAAGAGACAGAGAAUCAGAAUGGAGGCGAUAGCGAAGCACGACUUCACUGCCACCGCUGAGGACGAGUUGAGCUUCCGUAGGAGCCAGGUGCUCAAGAUCCUGAACAUGGAAGAUGAUAUGAAUUGGUAUAGAGCUGAGCUUGACUCGCGGGAAGGUCUUAUCCCCAGUAAUUACAUAGAAAUGAAAAAUCAUGACUGGUACUACGGCAGGAUAACUCGAGCAGACGCCGAGAGGCUACUAAUGAAUAAGCACGAGGGGGCCUUUCUCAUAAGGAUCAGCGAAAGUUCGCCUGGUGACUUUUCUCUUUCCGUCAAAUGCUCGGACGGUGUGCAGCAUUUCAAAGUUCUACGGGACGCUCAAGGCAAGUUUUUCCUAUGGGUGGUAAAGUUCAGCAGUCUGAAUGAACUGGUAGAGUACCAUCGCACCGCGUCAGUAUCGCGAUCGCAAGACGUGAAGCUGCGCGACAUGGUGCCCGAAGAGUGUUUGGUGCAGGCUCUGUACGACUUCACACCUCAGGAGCCUGGUGAAUUGGAGUUCAGGCGAGGUGAUGUUAUUACUGUGACUGAUCGUACGGAUCAACACUGGUGGCAUGGUGAGAUUGGCAAUCGACGGGGAUUGUUCCCAUCCACCUACGUUACUCCAUAUCACUCCUAGGCUUCGCGAGGCGAGCAUAGAUGGCGCGGAGACUCGGCGGCGGCGAUGCCAAUAAUCUCGCUGAUCAUGGUUACAAGAGAAUUGGUAAUCAGAAUCCUGCAGACGUCGUUGAUCGAGUGGGCCGCCUGUGUGUACGGCUGGUCGAGGCGACGCGCCACUGCCGGUCGGUGCAAUUGAGAACUCUCUUCACGUUUUUCUUUCAACGAUAACAACCUUUAUUCACGGUGCUCAUCUGCUUCGCGCUUGUUAUAUUCGACGACGAAUCUCUCCGAGACAUCACGCACGUACACAUCUACACAUGUUGCGAUGCCUUUUUUUGUUCUUGACGAAGCUUAGUAUUGCGAGCUUAGUAUAGCGAUUGUGUUAAACUUACUCUUUUUUCGUAGUUUUUUAGUCAACUCGUGUUAUCAUUUUCUUUUUUUGUACGAUAACUUUUCCGAAGAGAUAUUGGAAUUCAAUUUGAAUUCAUGCUCCUUAAACUUUAAGUAUUAAGUGUCAUUGAAUAUUAUGCUUGACUAAAUUUUCAAUCCGCACCUGUACUGAAUCUUUAAUGCGUCAAAGAGACAGUAUCGAUUACUUCUCGUGCGGAAAAUGAAAUAAUUAUUGUAACAAUAUUUACUUGAUAAGAGAAACAACAACAACAAAUAUGAAAAAUCUAUUAUUAUGUAAAUGGCUAGCGCUGGUCUACAAAAUGCCACACAGUGUUAUCGAACUCAUUUAUCAGUAGAAUUGUAAAAUCCACAUAUAUACAUAUAUAUAUACACAUAUUUGUGUGUGCGUGUGUGUCUGUCUGUAUGUGUGUGGGUGUGGGAAAAGCGUGAAAGAAAACGUUGCUGUAAAAUAAUUCUUGCAAUUGAAUAUGCAAAGAAAUAAACUAUUGAAAAAACGCACUUUUACGAUUAUGUUUUUGCGUUUAACUACAUUAUAUGUAUUUGCCUGCGUAUGUUGAGAGAAAGAGAGAGAGAGAAAGAGAGAGAAAAAGAGAGCGAACGAGAGAAAGAGAGCACGUUAGAAAGAGAUUUUUUGUUUUUUUGUAAUUGAACGGCAAAGACAGAAUAUGUGCCAGACUUACGGCGUUUCAGUAAGUUUUUUCUAUGAUCUCUUGAUUUAUUCGAUUGUGAACAGUAUAUUUUGUUUGUCGGCGAAACCAAGUAUUUUACAAUAAAACAAUACUUUGUGAGUUUUAUUGGCAAUAAUUAACUUUUGUUUUUAUAAUUAAUAACAAUUAAUCAUUGAUUGCUUCGUGCUGUUUCCUGGAUACGGUAUUAUUGUAGCUUUUGUGAUUGUUCAUCGAUGAGGGUGACUAUUGUAAAUUACUGAAUAAUUCAUAUAUUUCUUGCUAUAGUAAAAUCCCAAUAUUAAAAUCUUAGAUAACGAUCAUCUUUACAAUGCAUGGUGAACUAAACAAUUUUCUAAGAUUAGUAUAUCAGUGGUUAGUAACAAGAAUUAAUUUCUAAAACUUUAAAAAGUGAAAUUGUGUGAUAAAUUUUUAAAUUUAAUUAUCAUAAAUUUCUUCACCUUUGUGAAUAUCAUUAUUAAGUAAUAAGAUGAGUUUGAAAGCACGAGAGUCAAAGGACACCAGUUCGAAAGAAAAUAAGACAACUGAUUGUUAAUCUGUGCUAAGUUUCUUUGUUUGGGAUGGAUAAUAUGAAUAAUUAUAUGAAAGUAUUCACACUUAUCUGAAAAAUACUUAUCUUAUGUCUCACAUUCAUAUGCUACAUUUUUCUGUAAGAAGAGAUGGAAGACUAAAAAAAGCUUGGAAACUAUUUUUCUUCUUCAUAGUUACUAAGAAAUUAUAUUAUUCUGAUAUCGUAAAAACAAAAGUAUCUAGUAAAAUUCUAUGCUUCAUCAACAACCAAGCCAUUUCCAAACAAAAGAAUUCAUAUUGAGCAAUUGCCAUUAAUGACUAAAUGAAUUGUUGCAUUGAACUUUAAUAAGUUUACUGACACCAAAUAUUGGAAUUUCAUAGUUCUCUAAAAUAUGUAUAGAUAAAACGUGAUUGUAAAGAUAAUACAAUUCGUUUAAAGCCUACAAAGUCAAAACACUAGGAGAAUGUGUGUCCCAGCACAGAUGAAACUAUGAAUAAUCCACUCAUUAAAUCCAGAACUGAUUUUGCCAAGUUGGACUUGGAAUGAACAUAGGAAUGAAGUCAACUUCAAAAGCAAUUUACAACUUUUGUAGUUUUGCACAAUGCACAAUGCACACGCAGUAAUUAAUUUCAAAUUACAGUUCAUUAAUUACAAAAAGUUAGUUUCCAAUGUGGGAAUUACUUUUCAAAUCCAAAAUAGUAAUCUUAGAAAGCCAACUAUUGUAAUGUUAUUAUUAAUAUAAUAAAUACAUGCAAUAACGUAGAAUAAUAAUAUUUUCAAUUUUGCAGAUUCCAAAAAAUUAUGUGUGGUGAACACAUUACAAGAAAUUAGAUUUGAUAGAUUUAAUUAAGAUAAGAUUUUUGAAAAUGAAGUACAUAUUUGUAUUAUUAUAUGAAAAAAGUUUUCUACUAAUCAAUAACAUGAUCCAUUUUAGACACAUACAUACACACACAGAGUAUUGAUGAUUUAUUAAAUGACAAUAUUAUUGAUAAUAUCUAGUGUUUUUUUAAUGAUUUUAAUUUCUUUACUAUAAUGCUUAUCAUGGUCGAUUUCUUUAUGCUUUGAAUAAGUAUAUAUAAAGAAAUCGAUCAAAUUAAUGGAUGUAGAAAUAAAACAAUGAGACUCAUAUCGAAAUUGACGGGAAUAAGUAACAUUUAUCACCUAUAAAUAGACAAAAUAGUUAAUUAAUUAAUAAACAAAUAUUUGUUUAUAUUCAAUAAACAUGUUUAUUUCAGAUAGGCCUGUUUAGUUUAAUAUUAAAGUCAUUAACGAACAUCUUUCAUUGCUUACUCACUGUACAUAAUGUUUGCAGAACAUGCAAAAAUCCCAGAUUUCAUGUAUAUUAACUCUUAUUUUAGGUGUAUAAAAAGAUAUUCAUUUAUACUUAUCUGCAAAAUAUAUCACAUUGAAUUCUGUGAUUAGGGUAUUUAAUAAUUUCCUUAAGGUUUUUUUACCUGCAGCUCACUCUACGUAUGUAUAUGUGAUAUAUCCGCUAUAUAUUUUUUAUUCUUCAUUAAUUAAUUUAUUAUUAAGACAAGAAAAGUUUGUAACAGUCAUUUUUUUAUGACUAAUUAUUUGCAGUGUCUAGAUACAAUAUCAGUUAAAACAAUUUUGAGUAUGAAAAAGUUAAUAAAAUAUUGUUGUUUUGUUCUAUUAUCUUUGAUGAUAUUUUUUGAAAGCAUGGAAUAAUAGAACUGCUGUGAAACAGGAACAUAAACUAUGAGCUGUAGCGUUGUAAAAGCAUGUUGUAAGAUGCUAUAAUCCACCAGCUUAAUUUAGAGUUAGUGACAGAAACUGUCAAUAAAACACCUAUUUGUUUAAGUGAGAUGAAAUUAAUUGAAAAUUCAAGCAAAUUAGAUAAAUAUCAUAGACAAAAUGAUUCAUAAUAAUUUGUAUUGGGUCAUUGGAUAUAUUGUUUUGUCAUCAUAAUUUUCAAAUCUAUUUAUAUAUAAGUAUUACAAAUUUUUGUAUUUUAUAAAGUAAUGAAAUCAUUGUAUAUUGCUGAUACAAGGAUAUU